AAAAACUAUUUAAUAGGGAAAUUUGCCUUGUUUAGAAUUUCAUAUAUAUUUUUUUGUGGCUCCUCCUUCACCGUUCAUUCACUGAUUUUUUUUUUUAUCUCUUGUUUCUCCUUCUCCUCAUCUCCUCCUCCGCAUCACCGUCGCACUCUUCCUCACGACGGUAAGCUUACGUGAUCCCUCGACUUCUAGGAGAUGAUGAGCAUUGUUUCAAGUCACCAUCAUUGUCAACCAUCGUUUACACACGAACAACGAUGCGGUAUAGGAACACUUUCGAAGGUUUCUUACUCGAGUCCGUGUUUCUCUGGAAGAUUGGCUUUCUCUCAUAGCCUCUGCAUGAAAAGUACUUGUAAGGGACAAACUGGUAGGAGAAGAUUUUCAAGAAUCUGCAGUGUUGUGGAUGAUGGGAUGAAUCCAGAUAGUUCAGAUGACGAGGAAAAUGAAUCACCUGAUGAUAAAUCUAAAAGGGAAGCGAAUGAUAUGAACCGGGCUAAUCUUGAAAGAAUGGUUGGGUCGGAUGAUUCUGCGUUUAACGGCUUAGAUCUUGCAACUCUCAUCAGGCAGAAGUAUGGAAGAUCUUAUGAUGUUCAGCUCAUCAAGAAGGAGUUCAUGGGGAGGAAUCUUCUUGCAAUGAAUGUCAUGUGGAAGUACAGAGAACAGAGGUCUUUUCCUCUAACCGAAGAAGAAUAUAUACUGAGACUUGACGAUGUAGCCAACAUGUUGAAAUGCUGGGGAGCAGUCUCACAUAUCCGUAAUAGCCUAGCAAAGUCCAAAGAGCGACCCAGGAUAGGGAAGGCUGUGAGCAUUUUCAUAGACAUGGAUUCAACAGGGGGACGAGCAAACGAAUGGAUUUACAAGUAGAAAGCCGACCGGUUUACCAAUCCUAAACCAAAAAGCUUUUGUAUCUAAACAUAAUAUAGUCAGUCCAUCAAUUCAUUUUCAAGGCUCUUCUCCUUCUUCUGUAUUUGGUGUCUCAAAUCAUGUAUUAUAUGUAUUACAUGUGUGUAUAGCUUAAGUAGACACAAAUCUUUA